AUGGAGGACGACGAAUUCACCAUACCCAUUUCUCCACCAUCUCUCAAACAAAAACUCAAAAACUCACUUUGUUUCUCCUUCUGUUUCACCCACCGCAACACCACCACCCAACUUCACUCACUCGACUACCACCACCGUCCUCCGCCACCGCCGCCGUCCUCCUCCGAUGAAAACCCGUCUCUGAUCUGGAUCAAACCUGAUAUCAAAGACAAGUGUCGUACGAUCUUCAAUUUCAUCGGGAACGGAAACGGAAACCGUCACAAACGACACUCAUCUACUGAGUUCCGUUACGACCCGUUGAGUUACUCGUUGAAUUUCGAAGAUGAGGCUCCUUUAACGAGUUUCUCUUCUAGACUUCCUCCAUCGCCAUCGCCGCCGCCUCCGCCGGCGGUGAAGAAUUUGGGUAUCGCUGCGGCGGGUUUAUGA